AUGUCUAACGGCGACUCAUCCGAACCUGGCGGCAUGGCCAGCCUCGACUUUACAGCCAUUAAACACGCCCUGGCCUCGUCUUCGACCAAUAUUAGAAUCAGUCAGCUACACUCAAUCGAGGAGAAGCUUACUCAAAAAUCCGUCGACAACACCUCAAUCACACGUCUUCUUCAGCUCUUCUUUGGUACAUACGCCUUCUACACUGAUCGACAGUCCCGACUAUCCGUCCAGAAGUGCCUUGUUGCCUUGAUCUCAGCUGGUAUCGACUCCAAGACCAUUGCCCCACUCAUCGCCGCUCUGCGCAAAGAAAGCCAGAAACAUGGCAUCGCUCCGACCAACGCGUUUGUACUCGUCGAAUGGUGUAGCUUGUUCAUGCAGUAUCUUGAUGCCUCAUUGUGGGACCAUUUCGCUUCCGAUAUCAUCUUAACGGACGCCGAUGCUUUAGAUAAAUGUCACCAGUCCUCUGCCAGGAAGUCUGUAGCCCACUCUGCUAUCAUUGUUACCAGGAGGGGUCUACGAAAGCUUUUCUCAUCACCACACUCAAGCGAGAAGAGACUCUCUUCUUCUGUCAAUACCUUAGCUACGAAGAGCGCUCAAUCGACCCCCAGAAAUGCUGUCUUGCUUGGUGUUAUCGCUGGCGUAUCUGCCAGGAAGGAUCACCUGCGACCGGUUCUUGAUACCAUCAAACCCAAGUACUACGAAUUCUUUACAAGAGAAAUAAUUGGCUCCCGCACCGCUGUUCCGGAACACGUUGUGCUGGGACUUAGUGACUUCUUUACUUCUUUCGCAACCCCUGAGGAACUCUCCAAGGAGCUGAUCCCUGCUCUUGAGAAAGGCCUUCUGCGUGCGCCCGAGGUCAUACUUGGGGGCGUUGUUACGCCUCUUGUCCGCUCUCUACCCGAAGAUUUCGACCUUUCAAAGGUCCUCGAACAGAAUCUCCUCAAACCUUUGUUGUCAAACGCUAAGUCAACAAAUGCAGCAAUUCGUACUGGUGCCUUGGAUGCUUUCCGUGCACUAGUUCUCAGAUCGAAAGAUACCGCCUCGUUGGAGAAGGUUAUUAAUGAGGUCGCAACCCCUCUUAAAGCAGGCAAACUCGCAUCUCCUGAUCAUCGCAUAUUGCAUGCGCAGAUGCUCGAAGCCACCCCUCUUUCAACUUCAAGUGCCGAACAGGUCGCCAGCGCGGUGGCCACUGUAGCUGUCAAGGAAGGAAAUGAGGGUGCUUUGGCCGCAGAGACAUCAGCAUUGGCAAAUGCUAUAACCUUUCUUCUGGCGCAAGAUGUUGAAGUGCCCAAAUCUGUCCUGGACUCAGUUACCAAGGGACUUACUGAAAAGAAGAUCCCCUCUCGCAAGUGCUGGCUGCUCAGGGUAGGAGUUAUCUUGCAAUCCCUUGCUGAAGCACAAUCAGUGUCUCCGGGUAUGGCCACUUUUGUCGAGGCUGUUGUGCCUAAAAUGGUCACAACCCUCACAGAGGUGGCAGCCAAUGCCGCCUCUGCUGCUCAAAGCGGUCUCGUCGUUGGUGCCUAUAUCCUGACGGCUGUGAGCCCCCAUAUAUAUCGCUUACUUCCCGGCUCCUCAGCGGAAUCUAGUUUAACAAAAGCGUCAGUCACAAAGCAAUCGUUGUCUCUGGAUCCCAAGUCAUCCUUUCUUCUGAGCCAUCGAAUUUAUUCCAAAGUGACAGCAAACGAAGAUCUUGGAUGGUUUGCGCGUGCUUUGGGUUCUGUUUUCCAGAGCCUUGAUGAGAAUGUGGACAAGCAGGUGACCCUUGCUUGGUCUGAAGCUUUUAUCCAUCUUGUCGCCGCCCAUAACGUACCCGCUACUAUUCAGCAGGAGUCAUCCAAACUCCUUUCUGGUCUCUAUGUCCAUAAUCCAAGAUUGGUGUCUGCUUUCAUCAUAAGUGGCUUAUGGGAUCAUGUCGAGCGUUCUGGGUUCGGUGACAGGGAACACUCAGCGAGUACUCAUAACUUGAUUCAGGUUGUGAAGUCAAUUUGUCUCACCCCCAAUGAGAUAAGCAAGUCUGGCAAAUCUGUUGCCAAGGAAGACCUCGAAUCUCAGGCAAACAGCCUUCUUGUUCUGGCACGGUCAGAGUUGAUACCAAGAGCAAACUGGAUCGACUUGUGUCUCAGAAUGGAGUUGGAUCCUGGCAAUCUUGCGACAAAGUAUCAAGACGAACUUAUGGCUGAAAUAGAAGCCAGGACGUCUUUUGAUCAGAAGGUCGGGGUUGUUAAGACAGCUGCAUACAAUGCAGCUGCCGAUCUGGCCUUUGUCGCCCCUGAAACUAUUAUCCCACGCUUGCUGGAGGCACUGCGCCGAGACCUUAAUGCGGAACAAUUACAAGACAUUGGUCCUGUCGAGGCGGCUAUCUAUAGAACUGCCGAAGGCACCGCAUUUGUUGAUGUCCUCGCAAAGAAAUCUCAGCAAGUUUUGGACAAGAACAAGAAGGACUACGAUAUUCUCAAAUGGGAGGAAGAACUCAGGAGUCAACUCGAAAAGAAGAAAGGCCAACAAAAGAAACUGACCCCUGAAGAGAACGCAAAGGUCAACGCUCAACUAAAGAAAGAGAGUCAAAUCAGACAAUCAAUUACCGCGACCGUGGCGAGGCUCUUGCGAGGUAUUGGCAUUAUCCGCAGCCUUGCCACUGGUCCGCCAACCGAUGCCACUCAAUGGAUUGGCACUGCAGUAUCCCUCCUGGUUGGCAUCAUGGACGCCGGCGCCACGCUGAUCACAGGAGACGAGGCACCUCUAGCUUAUCUCACUUGCGCUGAAAAGGUGACUGAGCGCCUGGGUUCAAUGAGGCCUUUCAUCGGAAUCGCAGCCUUAAGAUUGCGUGGCGUGUCUUUAUCGGAAAAUUACCAGGAAGAGGCUGUCGAGGAUCUGAUUACGAGAGUUCUUUAUCGAUUGCGAUUCGCGGGCGAACAACGACCUUUCGACUCAGUGUCACUCAUUUAUGCUCUGCCACUCGUGCUGGACCUUCUCCGUAAGGGCGGAGUUGGCAGUUCGGCAGAUGACGCCGAUGCUCAACUAGUGUUGGCUAUUGAGUUCCUUUCAUACCAUACAGAUGUAUGUGUCGACGAGGCCGUACCCCGAGCUGAGCUCCUCUCAGUUCUCAUCAGUUCUAUGCAGGCAUAUGCUCAGCAUUAUAAGCUUCUCAAGGACUGUUUUGCUGACAUGUGUCGCUGCAUCGCUCCUAACAUGGACCGAGACGAGAUGAUCGUCUUAACAAAGGGUACCUUGGUGCCCGAAACGAGGGUUAGAUCCACAGUGUUGCAGUCGAUCAGUGCCGAAGUUGACAUGAGCGAAUUGGGCUACUCUGAUGAAAUCUGGGUUGCUGCUCACGAUGAUGAGGAGGAACAUCAAGAUCUCGGUCGAGAAAUCUGGGAGGAAAGUGGUUUUGAAGUUACGACAGAGAUGCCGCUGAGGUUGCUACCUUUCCUUGAGAGUAAAGACGGGCAGUUACGUCGUGGCGCUGCUCGUUCUUUGGCUGAAGCAGUCAGCAUACAUCACGAGACCUUGGAAGCUGUGCUCGAGCAGCUCAAGUCUACCUACAUUGAGCUAGCAAAACCCAGGGUUCAGCAAUUAGAUGAAUUCGGAAUGCCCAAGAAGAUGGAUCUGUCCGAUCCCUGGGAGGGUCGGCAAGGUAUCGCGACUGCCUUCAAAGAACUCGCUUCAGUUAUUAAGACCGAUCAGCUGGAUCCAUUGUUCGAUUUCCUUAUCAGCGUCGGACCCCUUGGCGAUAAAAACGACGCGGUACGGAGUGAAAUGCUGGAUGCCUCAAUCAAGGCGAUCGAGAUCCACGGCAAGACAAUUCUCGACAAACUCAUGUCGAAGUUUGAGCAGACUUUGGAGCAGCCAGACACAAACAGUGAUGCGGCUGAUCGUGUAAACGAAGCCGUCAUCAUCAUGUAUGGUGCCUUGGCUCGUCACCUCAGCCCUGGUGACCCUAAGAUCCCCAUUGUCAUUGAUCGCCUGGUGGCUACCCUAAGUACCCCUUCCGAAACAGUACAGUAUGCUAUUGCUGAAUGCUUGCCUCCCCUGAUUCAGGCCUGUCCAGAUCAGUCUUCCAAGUAUUUCGGUCAGAUUCUGGAGCAGCUUCUUAGUUCGAAGAAGUAUGCUGUCCAGCGUGGGUCUGCAUAUGGUCUGGCUGGACUUGUCAUGGGUCGUGGCAUUGCAUCAAUCCGAGAAUACCGCAUACUCUCAACUCUCAAUGAUGCUGCGGAGAACAAGAAGGAAGCAAACCAGCGUGAGGCCGCUCUACUCGCGUACGAGCUCCUGGCCACCAUGCUUGGGCGCAUCUUUGAGCCCUAUGUGAUUCAGAUCGUGCCUCAAUUGCUGACGGGCUUUGGUGACGCCAAUGCAAACGUUCGGGAUGCUUGUUUGGCAGCGGCAAAGGCAUGCUUUGCCAGGUUGAGCUCCUAUGGUGUCAAGAAGAUUAUGCCAACCCUUCUUAACGGCCUGGAGGAGCAACAGUGGAGAAGUAAAAAGGGUGCCUGUGACCUUCUCGGUGCAAUGGCAUACCUCGAUCCCCAGCAGCUUGCCAACAGUCUACCCGACAUCAUUCCUCCUCUCACUGGCGUGCUCAACGACAGUCACAAAGAAGUCAGAGCUGCUGCGAACCGAAGCUUGAAGAGAUUUGGCGAAGUCAUCAACAACCCAGAGAUCAAGUCCCUGGUUGACAUCAUUCUCAAGGCCCUCAGCGACCCUACGAAAUACACAGAUGAGGCUCUGGACUCGCUUAUCAAAGUUCAAUUCGUCCAUUACCUUGAUGCUCCCUCUCUGGCAUUGGUUACUCGCAUUCUUCAACGCGGUUUGGCUGAUCGUUCUAACACCAAGCGCAAGGCUGCACAGGUCAUUGGCAGCUUGGCUCACCUGACGGAGAAGAAGGACGUUGUCAUGCACCUGCCUGUGCUUGUGGCUGGCCUCAAGCUUGCCAUCGUCGAUCCAGUACCGACCACCCGAGCUACUGCUUCUAGGGCUCUAGGUUCUUUGGUGGAGAAGCUUGGAGAAGAUACGCUUCCUGACCUUAUUCCUGGCCUUAUGCAAACCCUCAAGUCAGACACUGGUGCUGGUGACCGUCUGGGAUCUGCUCAAGCCCUCAGCGAAGUUCUUGCUGGACUGGGAACAACAAGACUGGAGGAGACCCUCCCGACCAUUCUCCAGAACGUCGAAUCUUCAAAACCCGCCGUUCGCGAAGGUUUUAUGUCGCUUUUCAUCUUUCUUCCUGUCUGUUUUGGCAACAGCUUCUCCAACUACUUGGGUCGAAUUGUUCCACCUAUUCUCGCAGGUCUGGCCGACGAUAUCGAGUCUAUUCGUGAAACGGCACUACGCGCAGGUCGAUUGUUGGUUAAGAACUUCGCAGCUCGAGCUGUCGAUCUCCUGCUUCCGGAACUCGAGCGUGGUCUCGCCGAUGAUAGCUACAGAAUCCGGCUCAGCUCCGUCGAACUCGUUGGAGAUCUUCUAUUUAACCUUACAGGUAUCAAGGCUGGUACUGACGCCGAAGAUAUUGAAGAGGACGAGAACAUCAAGGAAGCAGGCGCGUCUCUCAAAGAAACCCUUGGCGAAGACAAGCGCAACAAGAUUCUGUCAGCCCUGUAUGUAUGCAGAUGUGAUACAGCUGGUGCUGUUCGAUCAGCCGCCAUUGCUGUCUGGAAGGUUCUCGUUCAUAGCCCGAGAACCCUCAAAGAGCUUGUGCCCACCCUUACUCAACUUCUUAUCAGACGAUUGGGAAGCUCCAACAUGGAACACAAGGUCAUUGCCAGCAAUGCUCUUGGAGAGCUUAUUCGAAAGGCCGGAGAUGGUGUUCUGUCGAGUCUUCUUCCUACUUUAGAAGAGGGUCUCCAGACAUCUGUCGAUGUCGAUGCUAAGCAAGGUAUCUGUCUUGCGUUGAGGGAACUUAUUUCGUCCGCUUCUCCCGAGGCUCUCGAAGACCACGAGAAGACCCUCAUCUCAGUUGUUCGUACCGCGCUUACUGAUUCCGACGAGGAUGUUCGAGAAGCUGCUGCAGAAGCCUUUGAUUCGCUUCAGCAGAUCUUUGGCAAGCGAGCAGUCGAUCAGGUCCUUCCCUUCCUUCUCAACCUUUUACGUUCUGAGGACGAGGCAGAUAACGCUCUGCAGGCUCUUCUUACGCUACUUACUGAGACAACCCGAUCCAACAUUAUUUUGCCAAACCUCAUCCCAACACUUACAACACCUCCUAUUUCAUCCUUCGAUGCUAAGGCUCUUGCCUCUCUAUCCAAGGUUGCUGGCCCUGCCAUGAACCGUCGCUUGCCCAACAUCAUCAACUCGCUUAUGGAUAACGAGAUCAACUGCAAGGAGGAUGGCCUUCGUGAAGAGCUGGCGACGUCUUUCGACACUGUUAUUCAGUCUAUUGAUGAAUACGAUGGUCUGAAUACGGUCAUGAACGUCCUAUUGCAGCUUCUCAAGCAUGAGGACCACCGUCGCCGAUCAGCCACUGCACACCACAUGGCCAACUUCUUCGCGGCUGCUAGCGUAGAUUACUCUAGAUACAGCCAAGAUAUUAUCCGCUCCCUUCUCAAUUCAUUUGACGACAGAGACGCCGAUGUUGUCAAGGCUGCAUGGGCAGCUCUCAGCGCCUUCACCAAGAAGCUGCGAAAGGAGGAAAUGGAGUCGCUUGUUAUUUCAACACGACAAACUCUUCAGCGUGUUGGUGUCGCAGGAGCGAACCUGCGCGGUUUCGAGUUGCCAAAGGGCAUCAACGCUAUUCUGCCUAUCUUCUUACAAGGUCUCAUGAACGGCACCGCUGAUCAGCGAGUACAGGCUGCCCUGGGUAUAUCGGAUAUUGUCGACAGAACAAGUGAGGCUUCUCUCAAGCCAUUCGUGACCCAGAUUACUGGUCCCCUGAUCCGAGUCGUUUCAGAGCGUGCCACCGAAGUCAAGUCGGCCAUUCUCCUGACCCUCAAUAACCUGCUGGAUAAAAUGCCCACCGCGUUAAAGCCUUUUCUUCCCCAGCUUCAGCGCACAUUCGCUAAAUCUCUGGCGGACUCAUCCAGCGAGACACUGAGAACCCGAGCUGCCAAGGCACUCGGAACUUUGAUCAAGUAUACGCCACGCAUUGAUCCCCUCAUCGCUGAGCUCGUUACUGGAUCCAAGACAGCGGACCCCGGCGUCAAGACCGCUAUGCUCAAGGCGCUAUACGAGGUUAUCAGCAAAGCUGGCGCUAACAUGGGAGAGGCCUCUCGAGCUUCUGUCUUGUCACUUAUCGACAUGGAUACAGACGAGAGAGAUGAGACCAUGACCAUCACUAAUGCCAAGCUACUGGGCGCGCUCAUCAAGAACGUUCCUGAAGAUGCCGCUCUGGGUUUGUUGAAGAACCGCGUGGCCACCCCACAUUUUACCCAUUCUUCUGUUCUUGCUCUGAACUCCGUCCUGGCCGAGUCCCCAGAUGUUCUGCUUCAAAGCUCCUUAGUCGACGACUUGCCCGACCUCUUGUUCCAGGGUGUCACUAACAAGAGCGUCUUUGUCGCGGACAACUGUAUUCUUGCUACCGGAAAGUAUCUGCUCUCGGAUUCUGCAAAGACCUUUGAGACAACAAAGGGUAUCUUCGAGGCCUUGGCUUCUGUUAUCCAGCCUGGCAAUGCGACCGAUUCGCGUCGACUUGCUCUAGUCGUCGUUCGUACCGUCAGCCGCAAAGACAUGGAGAUGGUUCGGCCCCAUGUUGCUCUGUUAGCACAGCCCAUAUUUGCCAGCGUUCGAGAUCCUGUCAUCCCUGUCAAGCUUGCUGCAGAAGCGGCAUUUGUGGAGUUAUUCAGUGUGGCGGACGAGGAGAGCCGCAUCUUCGACAAGUUCAUGGCUGGUGCCGGGGCUGACCUUGCUCCUAACACCAAGAGAAGCAUGGGUGACUACUUCAAACGUGUUGCUAUGAGGCUGGGUUCUCAAGCUCGUGAGAGGCGCGAAGCUGAGGGUGGACAAGGAGGACUCGGAUUAUCGAACGAUGAAGCCGAAGACGAAAAAGAGAUAUGGAGCGUGGGCAAGGUUGAUGUAGGUAGCGAAGCAUUCACAUAA